AUGGGCAAACCAGAAACAGGUGCCAGAGCCGCUGUUGGUGAUGACCUAGCCGCCGUCCUGCCAGCAGGCCCCUGGCACAAGAAAGCUCAUCUCAUCAAGCUCAAUUUCGUAGUCGCCUGUCUAGUCCUUUUCUCUUCUGCCAACGGAUACGACGGAUCGUUAAUGAACGGUCUCCAAGCAUUACACCAAUGGAACGACUACUUUGAUCGUCCUGCAGGAGCCUUUCUCGGUUUUCUCAAUGCCAUCUACUGGAUCGGUGCGGGUUGCAUGUACCCUGUUGCUGCCGUAGUUGCGAACAAGUAUGGUCGCAAGAUGCCCAUCUGGAUUGGCUAUGCCUUCCUUGCUCUUGGUGCUGGGCUCCAGACCGGUGCCAACAACGAAGGCGCAUUUGCAGUCGCGCGUUUCUUCGUUGGAAAUGCAUCGGCAUGCUUCUCUACGUCUAUUCCUCUGCUAAUCAACGAGAUCGCAUACCCCUCGCAUCGCGGUAUCUGUGGAGCUUUGUACAAUUGCGGAUGGGUACGUUUACUGUUCUGUCUGUGUGAAGCAUUCUCUGACAAGCGAUCANNGUAUGUGGGUGGUCUCAUCGCCGCUUUCCUGACCUACGGCACUCGUAACAUGGAGAACUCCUGGUCUUGGAGAAUCCCUUCCCUGCUCCAAAUCUUGGUGCCCUUUCUCGCCUUGCCCGGUCUGCUUAUGGCGCCUCAAAGUCCUCGAUGGCUCGUCUCCAUGGACCGCACUGAAGAAGCACGUCAAGUGCUGGUGAAAUGGCACGACGGCGGUAACCAAGAUUCACAACUGGUCAACUACGAAAUGAUCGAGAUCACCACAACCAUCCAGCAAGAGAAAAGUGCAAACGCCAGCGCCAGCUACGCUGAGAUGUUCAAGACCCCUGGAAAUCGCAAGCGCUUGUUUAUCUCCGUGACCUUGGGUAUCUUUGGUCAAUGGGUCGGCAAUGGCGUCGUCUCGUACUAUCUGGCCCUUGUCUUGGAGACAGUCGGCAUCACCAGCGUCACCGACGUCACUUUGAUCUCUGGAUUCCUGCAACUCUGGAAUCUGAUUUGGUGCGUCGCUGCCGCAUUCUCAGUCGACAGACUCGGUCGUCGACCUUUGUUCCUUGCAUCAGCUGUAAUUAUGGGUGUUUCUUACGUCUUGGUGACUGGCCUGUCUGGCUCGUUCGCAUCAACACAAACUCCUGCUGUCGGAAUUGCAGUGAUCCCGUUCUUGUUCAUCUUCUUUGCUGGCUACGAUAUUGCACUGACACCCCUCCUUAUCUCUUAUCCUUGCGAGAUUUGGCCUUAUCGUCUGCGCUCCCGUGGCUUGACAGUCACGAACGUGACUACUGUGCUCGCCAUCUGCUUCAACACGUUUGUGAAUCCAAUCGCUCUCGAGAGUAUCGCAUGGAAGUACUACAUCGUCUUUGUGAUCGUUUUGAUCAUCUAUGGCGUUACGGUCUGGUACGCGUAUCCGGAAACACGCGGGUUUUCGCUUGAGCAGAUGGCUGUGGUGUUCGAUGGCGAUGCAGCUGAAGUUCCUCAUCCAGCAGAUACGGUUGAGCGGUCUGCCAGUAUGGCAUCAAAGGGUGGAGAGAAGGAAAGCGUAGUGAGAGUUGAGAAAGUGUAA